AUGGCGACCGCCGCCCGCAGUUACAAUGACGCAAUCGACGCCCUCAACUCGCUCCAAACCCCCUACGCCGUGAUCGAGGCCCGCCGCGCCGCCGGCGUCCGCCCCGAUGCCGCCUCGGUGCGCGAGAUGCGCGCCUACCUCGCCCGCGUCGGCUACACCCCGCGCGACCUCGACCGCCUCAACAUAGUGCACGUCGCCGGCACAAAGGGCAAGGGCAGCACCUGCGCCUUUGUCGAUUCCAUCCUGUCCCGCUACCGCCAGCGGGGCGGCGGCCCCCCGCGCAAGGUCGGCCUCUUCACCUCCCCGCACCUGAUCGCCGUGCGCGAGCGCAUCCGCAUCAAUUCGGCCCCCAUCUCCGAGGAGCUGUUUGCGAAGUACUUUUUUCAGGUGUGGGAUAAGCUGGAGGCGAAUAGGGAUGUUGCGGCCGAUGCUGCCGCGCCGGGGAGCAAGCCUAUCUAUUCGCGGUACUUGACGCUGAUGAGCUACCAUGUGUUUCUGUCUGAAGGUGUCGACGCGACCGUGUACGAGACGGGGAUCGGCGGAGAGUACGAUGCGACCAACGUGGUGGAGCGCCCCGUGGCCAGCGGCAUCAGCACGCUAGGGAUUGAUCAUGUUUUUGUGUUGGGCGGUACCAUCGACAAGAUUGCCUGGCACAAGGCCGGCAUCAUGAAGCCGGGGAGUCCGGCGUUUACGAUCGAGCAAGUUCCGGUAGCCGCCGAGGUGCUCAAGAAGCGGGCGGUAGAAAAGAAGGUGGAUCUGAAGGUGCUGGAUGUUGACCCGCGGUUGGCGGGCGUCAACAUCCGCCCUGAUGCUACUUUCCAGAAACGGAACGCCACAUUGGGGAUUGCGCUGGCGGAAACUGUGAUGAAGAAGCUGGAUCCUUCAUUCUCGCCCAACCCUGAAGCCUUGCCGCAGGAGUUCGUCGACGGACUGGAGCAGGUCAUCUGGCGUGGAAGGUGCGAGGUGAAGGAUGAGGACAGCGUGAUAUGGCAUGUCGAUGGGGCACACACGGUUGACAGCCUGAAGAUGGCAGCCCGUUGGUUUGUCGGCGAGUGCGCCGGCCGGGCUGAAAGAGGCCCCAAGGUCCUAGUCUUCAACCAGCAGGGGCGCACCGAGGCGGUAGACUUCCUCGAUGGACUCCACGAUAUUGUCAAAAGCUCGGGGGAGGGAUUUGAGCACGUUAUAUUCUGCACCAAUGUCACCUACGCGGCGACGGGUUAUAAGAGGGGUAUGUCACUCCUGGUGGUGCUGUUGGUUUCGUGGGCUGACUCUCCAGACUUUGUAAAUCACCAACACAACCCGGCGGAUAUUGAGAAAAUGACGCAGCAGCGGGUCUUUGCCGACAAGUGGAAGCAACUCGACCCGUCCGCCAACAUUAUUCUAAUUCCGACGAUCGAGGAGGCCAUUAAUACCGCCCGUAGUUUGGCGAAGGAAAACGGGCCGAAAGUGCAGGCGCUCAUUACCGGGAGCCUACACCUUGUCGGUGGCGCUCUGGGUAUUCUUGAGGGCGCGGAUGCUCUGUAG